UGGUCGAUUUUUUAGAAAAAACAUGACUGACUCUAAAUAUUUUGCGACCACCAAGAAGGGGGAGAUCUUCGAACUAAAAGCGGAACUGACGAGUGACAAGAAAGAGAAGAAAAAGGAGGCCGUGAAAAAGGUGAUUGCUUCGAUGACUGUGGGAAAGGAUGUGUCUGCGCUGUUUCCUGAUGUGGUUAACUGCAUGCAGACAGACAACUUGGAACUAAAGAAGCUAGUGUAUCUCUAUUUGAUGAACUACGCCAAGAGUCAGCCAGACAUGGCCAUCAUGGCAGUCAAUACUUUUGUGAAAGAUUGCGAAGACACCAAUCCACUGAUCAGAGCACUGGCUGUUAGAACCAUGGGAUGCAUCAGGGUUGAAAAGAUAACCGAAUAUUUGUGCGAACCCCUAAGACGAUGCUUGAAAGACGAGGAUCCAUAUGUUCGCAAAACAGCCGCUAUUUGCGUCGCUAAGCUGUAUGACAUAAACGCAGACCUAGUCAAAGACCAAGGCUUCAUUGACAAACUGAUGGAGCUAAUCUCGGAUUCGAACCCGAUGGUGGUUGCUAAUGCAGUUGCUGCGCUGGCCGAGAUCAAUGCGGAACCAGAGAUGACUCCGUCUAGUGUGAACAAAUUACUAACCGCACUGAACGAGUGCACUGAAUGGGGACAGGUGUUCAUUCUGGAUUCGUUGUCCAACUACGACCCGAAAGACGAAAACGAAGCACAGAGCAUCUGUGAUCGGGUCACGCCGAGACUCUCACAUGCUAACUCAGCUGUAGUGCUCUCCUGCAUCAAGGUGAUAAUGAAGCUGCUGGAGAUGUUGAAUGGAGAAGAUGCAGUGGCUAACCUGGUGAAGAAACUGGCGCCUCCUCUGGUCACUCUUCUGAGCAGUGAGCCAGAGAUCCAGUAUGUGGCACUGCGUAACAUCAACCUCAUCGUCCAGAAGCGACCCGCAGUUUUGCGAAACGAAAUGAAGGUGUUUUUCGUGAAGUACAAUGACCCGAUCUAUGUGAAGUUGGAGAAGCUGGACAUCAUGAUUAGAUUGGCCAAUCAGCAGAACAUAGGCAGUGUGCUGAGUGAACUAAAAGAGUACGCCACUGAAGUGGACGUCGACUUCGUAAGGAAGGCUGUCCGAGCUAUCGGAAGGUGCGCGAUAAAAGUGGAAAGUGCAGCUGAGAAGUGUGUGCAGACGCUGAUUGAAUUGAUCCAGACUAAAGUUAACUAUGUUGUACAGGAGGCCAUAGUUGUAAUCAAAGACAUCUUCCGAAAGUACCCGAACAAAUACGAAGGUAUCAUAGCAACUCUUUGUGAGAAUUUGGAUUCACUCGACGAGCCUGAAGCGCGAGCUGCUAUGAUUUGGGUUUUGGGUGAAUACGCGGAGAGAAUUGACAAUGCCGACGAGCUUCUCGAAACCUUCCUUGAAGGUUUCCAUGACGAGUCGACUCAGGUUCAGUUGCAGCUUCUGACUGCAAUUGUUAAACUGUUCCUGAAGAAACCGACCGAGACUCAAGAUCUGGUUCAGAAUGUCUUGUCUCUAGCCACUCAAGAUAGUGAUAAUCCGGAUCUGAGAGACAGAGGCUAUAUAUACUGGAGGUUGCUCAGUACAGAUCCAGCGGCUGCUAAGGAGGUUGUUCUGGCUGAAAAGCCUCUCAUUUCAGAGGAGACUGAUCUCCUGGAACCGACAUUGCUUGAUGAGCUGAUUGCACAUAUUGGUUCCCUGGCUUCGGUUUAUCACAAACCUCCAGCUGCAUUCAUCGAAGGAUCAGAAAUGAGAAGAAUCAAACCAGUGGGUAGAUCUGGUCCUUCUUCGUCCCAAGAUGCGAAUGCCACUCUGACAGACCACAAUUCGACUAGCAGCAGCAUGCAGCAGGGCCCAUCCAUCAUUCCAACUGCAGACUCCAUGAGCGGAGACCUCCUCGGAGACCUGCUAGAUCUCGGUCCUUCGCAAUCCUCUAAUCAACCGACUAGUUUCGGAGCAUCCUCCAGUGAAGAUGCUGGCGCUAUUGAUCUCCUCUCGAUGGGCCUGGAUUCACUCCUGACUGGACCUACGAACGCCGCUGGACCAGGUAGUCUGGGGUCCACUGGUGCUGCAGCCAGCAGUGGUCUGGAUGAUUUACUCGGAGGAGGAGGAGGUCUGCUGGGCGGGCCAUCGUCCUUGGGUUCAACCGGAAUGCCCCCUGCUGUCCCUCCUGCCAGUGGAAUGGGUGGUCUGGACGACCUGUUCUCCCUCGGAACUAGCUCAGCCCCGCCCGGAUUCGCUUUCUACUCUCCACCCAAACAGGAGUGGCUCAAUGCUGCUAGCAACAAGGGACUUGAGAUCCAGGGAAGUUUCACAGUGCAAAGUGGGACGAUCUUCGCGGACAUGACAUUUGCAAACCGGGCCAUGCAAGACUUCUCAGACUUCGCUAUCCAGUUCAACAAGAAUUCGUUUGGACUCAUGCCUGCUGGACCCCUCAACGUGACUAGACUGAUGCCACAGCAGAGUCUGGACGUCAAGCUCCCCAUCCAGAAGGGAGGCGCUAUUCUGAAGAUGGACCCAUUGAACAAUCUCCAGGUGGCCAUUAAGACGAAUGUGGGUGUGUUCUACCUGGCGACCCAGGUGCCCUGGAAUGUGUACUUUGGAGCAGAUGGAGUGCUGGAUGGAAGGACUUACGUGGAGAUGUGGAAGGGAUUUAACAGUGCCAGCGAGAUGAAGAAGACACUCUUUCUAACACACUCCCAGCACGAUAUUAAAGGUAAAUUGGCGGCCAACAAUGUGUUCACGGCAAAGGAGGUCAACCACGAGGGAGUGACUGUGUUCUACAUGUCCAUCAAACUCAUCAACAACAUCUACGUCCUCAUGGAGCUCAAGUUCAACCAGGACGGCUCAGUUGGAAUAGCCAUGAACGGAAGCUUCCCUGACGUGCUCAAAUACGUGUUCGAAGCAGUCGAAACCAUCCUGCACAGCUGAACAAAUCAACAUAUUACGUAAUAGUGAUCACGUGCUUGUGUAAUAGCAACUACGUGCUAGUUACGUACUAGUUCAUGCCCGUUCAAAAAGUACCGUUAUAUCCAAAUUUUGACUUAACACAGCCGAAGAUUUGAAGGCUUGUUUGCUGAGAGCGCCAAGAUGUAGAAACUUUAUAAAUAUCUGUAUCCCAAUUUUGAUGAGAAUGAGUUUAUAAUGUAAUCAAUCGACACAUGUGAUUUCCCGCAUAAAAUUUUGAGCAGUAGAGCUAGUUUUAGCAACGAUGGUGUAACGUACCAAAAGUGCUGAUGUCCAAUUCAUAAUGCAAAACAAUGUUUUUCAUUGCAUGUUUAUUUUGAGCUGUGUGAUGUGAUUAAGGUGUUAAAACAUGUAAUAGGACUACGUAUAAGAUUCGAUCAGGUGGUUUCAAUUUGAAUGUUGAUAAUUUUUUGUGUUAAAAAUUGUAACUUAAUAAAAUAAUUUGUGUAUAUUUAUCAAAUUAAUUAAAUCAGUCUUAUU